ACGUGUUGAUGGCUUGCUCAGCUAACGUGACAGCCCAGGGCUGGAAUUCGCAGCGUUUAUGGUACCCUAAAAACCUUCAAGCUCAUGCAAUCAAAGCAACGCAUCCACAAUCCCUGCAUUACUAAUUGGUUGACAUUUAAGGGUUUUAGGGUACCUUAAACAGGAAGUAUCUCAGCCCAGCUGUUCUGUCACAAUAUUUGGGGUGGAGGUGAUGAUAAGGAGGGGAACGUGAUUAUCUGAAGAGGAAGAGGCGCAUCAUUAUUGUUUUCGUAUCCUGAAGAUUGUACAAACGACCCCCCCCCCAGGAGAGGGGGAUAAAUUAUUAUUGAGGACCCAAUGGAUAAUGCAGAGUCCGCAAGACGCAAAAGUACCGGCAUGUUAAAUCCGCAAAAUAGUCGUCAAUAAACUGGAAAUAAUUGAGAUAGAAAAUUACUUUAUAAUAGUUAACUGGUGAUCGAGGGAUUAUGGAACUUGCUAGGCACGUCUGGAGGUCCUCGACGUAUGUUUACAGGUCAGGACUGCAGCCAGUCAUCAGGCACAGCAGCAAAGCAUCAAACAUAGCCCUCUCAUGUCUCCCAAAAUACCAAGACACGUCAGGCCCCUCAGGCCGAUCCUCCACAGAGGCAAAACCAAAUGACGAAUUGAUUCUGAAUGCCCUCGGAGCGACGGACGAGCUUUCCUGUUACAUAGGGCUCGCGCGAGAGUUCGCUUGCGACAGCAGUGUGGAGCACCCCUACGUGGACAAGUUGAAGAGGGUGCAGAUGAUAUUAUUCGACUUGAACCACGCAAUAUCGAGGUCCAGGGAUCAGAGGAGCAAUUUGUUUGAGGAUAGACACACGAGGGAUCUGGAGGAGUGGAUCACUGAGUAUGCAAACCACUUGCCACCGCCUGAGGAUUAUAUUAUCCCUGGAGGUGGCAAGGCCAGUGCAUCAUUGCACGUAGCCCGAGCAAUAUGCCGACGAGCUGAACGCACAGUAGAAAAACUAGUGCACGAUGGUGCACUAGACAGUGAAGCAAAAAAUUAUUUAAACAGAUUAUCUGAUUUUCUUCUGACUGUAUCGAGAAUAGCAGCCAAGUGCGAUCAACGUACGGAGAAUAUAUACAUCCCGCGGGCGGAAAUUCCAGAGGAGAAAUAAAUUAUGAACCAAAUAGUUUUAAUAAUGAGACUCAAAGUAGAAGCGAAUGAAGAACUAAAUGCCUUCAUUGCGGUAAAAAAGUCCUGUCGUCUUAGAAAAAACAUGUGUAUUCAGAUAUUGCCCACGAAUUAUCCGAAAGUUGCACAAUGAACAUUCUUUAUUUUGUCCAUUCUAUCAGACUUUUGUCUCAUAGAAAAUGUAAUUUUUCAUUUUGCUCUGUUGCUCGGACGUUGAAAUUCAGGAUUCAGUAAUUAAUUAUAAUUGUUGGACUGGGUUGUUCAUGUAAUAAUGAAACAGUUCAUUUGAUCGAAUCAAUGUUGUAUAGAAAUUGUUUAGAAGACUUAUGGAAACGUUAUACACUGAACAUUUACUCAUAUGACGUAACUUCUACUGUAUAUAUUAUGAUUUUUAUGUGAAAACUUAUCGAAUUAUGGGUAAUUAAAUCUUUAAAUAUAAAACA